AUGCUGGAUAGCUUCUUCUGCCUCCUUGACAUGUGGUUUCCUGACGGCGAUCGCGGCUGUGCGACUGAGAGGCAGGCAAGGGCAUGCCGCGGGCAAGAAGCACGAAGAGAGGUGUGGGACGUAUCAUGGUCGCUGCUGGGGUUGGAGAUGGUGGCGGUGCUGCCGUGCCCCGAAGUGGUGAAGGUGGCGGGGUUUCUGCUGAAGGGGCCAAUAGGGAACGCACCAGUCGCCAGUGGAGAGUCAAAAGCCCCCAGAAGUACGGCGCAGGCGGCGGCGGCGGCGGCGGCGGCGGGUGACUCGGGCGGUCCGGUAAGGGCAGACUUCACCGGGUGGCACUCCUGGCCGAAGACACGGCAAGGGUCGAGACCCGAAGACGGAAGGAUCGAAGACGCUUCGGGCAAGGUGGACAUGAACGGGUCCGGAGCAGGCCUUCCCCUCCGACAGGCCUCCCCGUACCCGUGCUUCGAGGGCAGGGCCGGCGAGAAGAACGGCGGCGAGAGCAGCGGUGACGGCACGGGCGGAGGAGGCUCGAGCGGGACGAAGGACGAGGAAGGUCGUCGUCUCGAGAAGAAGCAGGAACCCGCCGACCCCAAGCAAAAGGCCCGCGAACAGACUCCCCCAGAACAGGAGGUCCCCGAACCGGCGGCCCCCAAGCCGGAGGCCCCCAAAGAGCAGGUUCCCAGGCAGCAGCACAAGCCCCUCCAACAGCGACCUACCACACCGGAACCUCCCCCGCAGAAGGCGCCCACACCGGCGCCCUCCAACCCGAAGGCCCCCAAGCGAAAGGACCCCAGGCGGGAGCCCCUCAAAUGGAAUGGUACGGCUAGCGGGGGGGGGCGAGCUUCGGGCAAUAGCGGCCGCAGCAGGACGCUGCGGAAGACCACGGCGAACGCCACCCGUUCUAGAAGAAACCCGGUCACCGCCGGUGGGUCGGCCGCCAAUGAUUUCGCGGCGAUCCCUCCGACCGGGGUGAGGGGGGGAAAGCCAGGCCGUGGUUCUCCCAUCGGAGGCCCCCGGCGUGCCCGACGCCAAGCGGCGACGGCGGCGGCGGCAUUGAGCCCUGGGCGCAGCCGCACCGCGACUGGUGCAGCGGCGGGGGCAGCGGCGACUCGCGCUAAUGCGAGGACCCCUGAGCGCAGCCCCAGCUCGGAGAAGGUAGCCAUAGGCAGCUGUGCUGCAAGCACGACAGGGAAGAGGAAACGUCAGGGGGGCGACGGCGGCGGGGCACUCCCCUCGAAGACUCCGCGUAGCCCCGGCGGUCAUGCGACGGUGUUGGGUGUCGCUGCCGUGGCUGUGUCAGCGGCGGCGGCGGCGGUGCUUCCCCCGGGUACCGCAAACACCCCCCUGCAAAUGCCUGAGAAGACGAGGCCUUCUUCCGGUCGAUGCAGCGGCGGGGGCGGCGGCCGCGGCGGGGGUAAAGCCGAUGAAGAUCGAAGCGGAGAGAGCAGCGGGAGCAUUCCUAAUGUCGAGAGUACAGAAAUAGAGGACGACAGCGGCGGCGGCGGCAAUGCCUGCGAAGAUCGAAACGGAGAGGGAAGCGGGAGCGUGUCUAUGGUCGAGGGCACAGAUGUCGGGGACGAAAGCGCCGGUGCCGGCGACGGCGGCAAAUCCGAUGAAGAUCGAACCGGAGAAGGCAGCGGGAUCGUGUCUACAGUCGAGGGAAAAGAUCCCGGAGAUGACCCUGGCGGCGGUGGCAACGACGGCCUUCCUGCUGUGGUAGGCCGUGGCUCUGCCCCUUUCGCCGCUGCUGCUGUCGGCGGUACCGCCGAUGCCGGCUCGGUGCGGCAAGAGAACAACACCCCGGGGGGAGGGAAGGCCGGUCGAGCGAGAAGAGACAAAAAAAACAAGAAGAAAGGGGCAGUGGGCUCACCCCCCAACGCCGCUGCGGAGUUAAGGUUCCUCAAGUCCGAGGAAGCUCAUGCCGUCCCCCUUACCCCGACCCCGCGGUAUUACCUGCCGGCAGACCAGGGCGGGCCCAUCAUCGAGGAUGCCGCCGGAGUCCCCGCCACGGAGCAAGGGGACGGGAUAGGAGGCGGCCGGCGUUUCAGGCCUGCGCUGAGCGAGGGGGGCGCCGACGUGGUAUGGGACCGCCGGCGGUUUAACCUCACGGUACCGGCGAAGGAGGGCGGCGGCGGCGGCGGCGGCGGCGGCGGCGGUGGCUGCUGCUGCGGGGGAGCGGUCGUCGACGAAGCGGUAACGGAAGAGGCGGGAUUUUCGUCGGCGGAUUCUUCCCCGGAGACGGCAGGUUCGCCUCCGCACGGGGCCGGCGGCGGCACCGGCGGCCACGACAAGGGAAAAGGAAAGGAUCCGCCGCCCCCUCGUGACAGCACCCCGCGGGCGAGGAAGAACAAGCGCACGCUGACGCUGAGGGAAAAGCAGGACGAGAUUUUUGAGACGCUCGUCAACAGCAGCCGCCAGAAGGACCUCAUCACCCCCCAGGUCCACCCCCACGUCCACUUCGUGGCCGACACGCACGCGUACAUGAUGGAGAAGAACGAAGUCAUUGGCUGGCUCGGAGGUUGGUUCGACGAGGAAAACAAGGUGCUGUACGUCCAGACAGCGGUUCCGUGUCGGGAGGAUCAGGAGCUCUCGGGCGGGGCCAGGGGCAUGACGGAGGUUUCCAUGUGCCAGGCGUCGUCGUUUCACACCAGCGAGGCCAUUCGGGACCGUCGGUUGCAGCUGGUUGGCUGGUAUCACUCGCACCCAAAGUUCGUCAACGACCCGUCCCCGAUCGACGUCGAGAACCACCAGAUGUUUCAGAAGGACGAGAAUGGCGAGGGCUCCUCGGGUGCGUGGGUUGGUCUCAUCGUCGGGAGGAAGACGAGUCCGAGUGACUUCCGGUGGUUCCGAAACGCUCAUGUGGAGCGAGAGCAGCAGCAGCGGCAGCGGCAGCAGAGGAAGCGGGGAAGGGCGGUUGCACGCGCACGGGCGGCGGCCAAGGCGCUGGAGCGAGCAGCCGAGAAGUCCACCACCCACCUGGUGGUCAAGAACUUGGACGAUACUCUACAUGCUGCUGCUGCUGCUGCUGUUAGAGGUGUCGGUGGUGACGGAGAUGUCGGAAGGGCUGCCGCUCUUGCUGCCGGCGCCCCCGCCAGCAACAACGGCGGCAGCGAGAGCCCCCUCCCGUCUCACGCGCCGGCAGCCGGAAGAGUUCCUGCCAACACCGACAACAACACCACCGCCGCCGCCGCCAUCGACGCAGAUUCUCCACCGCUUGGCUUACCUCAGCAAGGACCUGCAGUAAACGGCGUUAAAGCACCCCCCGGCGAUGUCACGCAGCAGGCUGGGAAACUCGGAGCCGCUACCCUUGACGCGAUAAUCGCCAUCUCCAGAGACCCUCCUUUGAUCAUGUCGGAGGAGGCCCUGGAGGUCUUGAAGGGGGCUACCGGCGGCGGGAGCGGAGAGGGGGUCGAAGGUUACAGGCCGAAGAUGGACCGCAUCGUGGAGUCGGUGACGAGCUUGGGCAGGUACUACGCGGGGGUGUCGGGAAGGGCAUCCCUCUCCCACGGCGCCAAGGCAGGCAUGCCCACGUUGGCAAAGCUGGCCGGAUCACUGGCGCAGACGGUGCAACACAUGGAGGGUGUGACUACAUUCACUCUAUGCGAAUGA